GCGGAGGAGGCGGGUCUCCAUAGAAACGUCCACCUGUUUCCGGCCAGGCUGUGCGAGAUUAGGGGCUGCUGCGGGGGCCAAUCUCAGCUAGCUCGUCUUUUCCCGGCGGCCUCUGCGGGAGUGGUGGGUGUUGUACACAAUCAUCAUGGCGGCAGCCGGAGCCCCGGAUGGCAUGGAGGAACCUGGCAUGGACACGGAGGCCGAGACGGUGACGACCGAGACCCCCGCGCGGCCCCUAAACUGCGUGGAGGCCGAAGUCGCGGCGGGGGCGGCGGCGGCCGAGGACUCCUGCGCCGCGCGAGGCAGCUUGCAGCCGGCCCCGGCCCAGCCCCCUGGGGACCCUGCGGCCCAGGCCUCGGUCAGCAACGGCGAGGACGCUGGCGGCGGCGCGGGCCAGGAGCUGGUGGACCUGAAGAUCAUCUGGAACAAGACUAAGCACGACGUGAAGUUCCCCCUGGAUAGCACAGGCUCUGAGCUAAAACAGAAGAUUCACUCGAUUACAGGUCUCCCUCCUGCCAUGCAAAAAGUCAUGUACAAGGGACUUGUCCCUGAGGAUAAGACAUUGAGAGAAAUAAAAGUGACCAGCGGAGCCAAGAUCAUGGUGGUUGGCUCCACGAUAAAUGAUGUCUUAGCCGUAAACACACCCAAAGAUGCUGCCCAGCAGGACGCAAAGGCUGAAGAGAACAAGAAGGAACCGCUCUGCAGGCAGAAACAACACAGGAAAGUGUUGGAUAAAGGAAAACCUGAAGAUGUGAUGCCAUCUGUUAAGGGUGCCCAGGAGCGCCUGCCCACGGUACCCUUAUCCGGCAUGUACAAUAAGUCCGGAGGCAAAGUGAGACUCACCUUCAAGCUAGAACAAGACCAGCUGUGGAUUGGCACUAAAGAGCGGACUGAGAAAUUGCCCAUGGGCUCCAUUAAAAAUGUGGUCAGUGAACCUAUCGAAGGACACGAAGACUACCACAUGAUGGCGUUUCAGUUGGGCCCCACGGAAGCCUCUUACUACUGGGUGUACUGGGUCCCAACUCAAUAUGUGGAUGCAAUCAAAGACACUGUGCUGGGGAAGUGGCAGUAUUUUUGAAAGCACUUUCACCUCUGGCCCAGGAGACUGACCCAAAGUGAAGGACAUUGCUGGGAGAGGCCUGCAGCAUCCCUGGAUUUCAGAGUUCUGGGACUUUGUUCAAAAACAAAAAGCUAUAUCCAAUCUAAGGUGAUGUGGUGACUGAAGCCAGAGGUGAUGUACUUUCACCAUUAGCUUAAUUUUAACUUAAAAUCACCAGUUCCCUUUUCUUGCAGUCAGCUUCAUAUCAUUUUUAAAGUUGAUACGGUGGAAAUCAAUAAAUCUGAAUUCCAAACAUGUUGUGUGGAAUACUCUUAAGUGCGUUUGAGAGUAGAUCUACCAAUUUUGUUUAGAAAAGAAUGAUCAAAAGCUUGCUGGUUUCCUUUUUUUUUUUUUUUAAGUGACUUCAACUGAAAUAUUUUCAUAAAUCUUUGGUGGCAAACAUUUGGACUGCGUUAUGAUGAGUUGGGUUUUUUCUUUUUCAUAUAAAAUUGUAUGCAAAACGAGGGGUGGGUUAGUAAGCCAUAUUUUUCUGUCUAUCGAUUCAGAUUUAAUUCUUUUCCCUUUUUUAUGUUCUCACUUCUUAGAUUUGAGUUUUUGUUUUAAAAACCCAAAGAUGUCAGUUCCUGUUUUUGUACCUCAUCAGUGCUUCCUCUCCUGGCCUCCCUCCCACCGUGCUGCUGCUUGAGAAUGUGCGGCGGGAGAGGAAGAGCUGUUUGGUCUAGGGAAGGGAGCUCUUGCACUGGGCCCUGAUCUCUGGGGAGUUCCACUGCUGGUGCCAUGGUUGUCUGGCGGCCUCACCAAUUGGGCCUCAAGGCCCAGCCCGGCGUGAGUGCCCUGGGGAUGCGCUGCUCAAAAGCCACAGCUCCCAGGCCAACUAAGGCCUCUCUGAGGAGGAGCUGGGUGGGAGACAGUUUCUCCAGCCAUGCAGCCACAGGCCCAGAUCCUUCUUUCUUUUGGAGUUCUGAGAAAUUCUUAAGCAGUCCAACAAUUAUUUCAGUUAUGCUUCUCCAUUUGGUCCUUCUGCUCAUGCGUUAUGUUCAAGUGUCCUUCAUCCCAGGUCCAGAGAUGCUGCCUUUCUCAAAAGACUUGUUGACCUAGUGGGUUGGCCGAUGUAUUUAAACAUCGAAAACGGGAUAAGUUACUUUCAUGAAUUAGCUCACCUUCUUCUGGUUUUAGCCCUUAUGUUCUUGGUACAUGUGAGCUUCUGUUGUCUCCUUAUGGCUUGAUGGACUCUGACACGAGGGCGAGUCUCUUGGUGAAUGAUCCCCUCUGUGCUCUUUGCUGUUCCUCUGCUGGCUGUCUUUGCCACUCUCCUCUCCCUGGCUGCAGGCUCUCAUAGUAAGGUUUGGCGAGAGAUUUUCCAAACUUCACAUUUUGGAUUCUAGGCUGUUCCCCCUCAUUCUGUGAAAUGUAAUUAGCAUGUGUUCGCCUAAGAUGACUAUUCCUUGUGAGCCAGUUAAUGAUGAUACUCUACGCCCUUCCCUUCCAAGCUGUAGUUCAGGCAUCCAGCCCAUGUAGACAGACUCGUGCUUCUCACGGUAUAGCCUGUGCCCGGUUAUGCAUCCGAGCAGGGAAAUCUACUCUUGCUUUUUUGGGGGGCAUACGUACAUUAAGUGAAGUGUCACAUCCAAGAAACCACGUGUUUGUCAUCUCUUGAAGAAGGAGCAGUCGCUGCAGUGUUUCUGUCCUUGUUGGCCUGCGGAGCCUGGAGAAAAGGGCUCCUUUGCUACUUGUCAGAGCCUCCCUCUGCGGUGGACGGGUCUGCAGAGGAAAUGAUCAUGUAGCAAGUGGAAGGUCCUCUCGGUGUGAAUACUGCCCUCUUCGUUGGUCAGCGUCCCUGUCCUGGAGACGUGUCCUGACGGGGCCACACGCCCACUUUUGUUCCCACAGAGCCAGUGUCUCCGUCCCCAGACUGGCCUCACAGUGCUGCUCUCCGAGGCCCUUCCCGCCAGGUCUCCCGUGUGCCCUGUUCAGUGGCUGCACAUGCCGUCUGCCCUCCUUCCUUCCCAGUGAGAGCGUGUGUCCCUUUGUCUCCCUGCUCCCCAAGGGCCAAACCGCUUCUCACUCAGGCUGCUGUCAUUUCUAGGCAGGACCAAAGCCUGCGUGAGCCUUUUUGUUUUAAGUAAAAUGGUGCUUUUUUCCUUACUUCGAGAUACUAUAUAUAAAUAAUAAUGUCAACGACAUCUUUUCAUACAGAGCCGUUGGAGUAUUGCUUUAUGGAGCUCAGUAAAUUUGCUAGAAUGAUCUUGAGCUCUGGCUCCUGACCCUGUCUGCAUGGAGACCUUGCUGGGAGCACUCGGGAGAGCAGAGGUGGACAGCUCCAGAAGCCGCUGGGAGAAGUAUUUGAUUUAGAUCCGUGUCUGAGUCACAGCAGUAUUCACGGGUUUGUCACUCAGUCCCGUGAGCGGUCUCUUCCUAACCUUGUUUAUGGUCCAGAGUAUACUGACUAAAUCUGUGUUAGCAAAAUGAAGUACUCGUCCCCCUAGGUGGCAUCACAGUGUUAAUUUUUCCUCAGGAUUAUUUCUGUGCAGCUCCUUCCCUGUUGGAGGGGAGCGGCUCCUUCCCUGGGGUCAUGCCCUGCCUCCCUGUGGCAGAGGACUUGCAGGCGGGUGGCCUCAGGAGGACAGACGUCAGGCCUCUCUUCCCUCCCUGAGCCCACUUAGCCAAGUAGUGACAAGGUCACUCCUGCCAGGGCUCCGGCCCUCGCAGCUCUGCUUCUGUCAGUCUGGUCAGAGAACUUAGAAAAGCAGAUUUGCGAGUUGCUGGAAGUCUCUGGUGUGAAGUAUUUUAAUUGAAGCUGGGCCUUUUGCAAGUGGCGUUAGCUCUUUGCAGAUGGGAUUGAACUAAGGAUGCCCUCGCGGACACGGUGGGGGCCACUGAGGCCUCAGUAGGUUCCUUAGCGGCUGCUCUACCUGACAAGGGCCAAAGAGACCAACUCUGCCACUUUGCCACAUCUCAGAAAAGUUGCCAUAUUUCAUCUGGAAGGGACUCGCUUUCCUCUUCUUCUUCCUUUAACCAUGUGCCUGGAGGAGCCGUCCUGGGCUCUCGCACUUGGCCCACCCUUGCUUUGCUGGGGCUGAGAAGGGGAAGGGAUGGACUCCACGUGCCAGGGCCGUGUGAGGGCAGGCCUGCUUUCCACCCCAUCUUCUGAGGGAGACCUCUCUCUUGCUCCUUGCUGCUGUGUUCAUGCCUGUUGUCUUGGAAAAAGGACGGUCCCUUUGUCUUAAGGCUCUGCGAGGAAGUCCUCUCCAGUUAGGAGAGGACUGUUUCCUUCCUAGUAGGGCCGGAUGGCUUCUCUGAAGUUACAGGUGGUCGGGAGCCCUCCAGAGUGCAGAAAUCCGGCACAUCUCCCUGCCAGGCUGGGUGGUUCUACUGCUUUCUAAAUUUCUAAAAACCUCUUUCCUUUUCUUUCUUAAAGAGUUCUGCAGAAUUAUUUGACAAUAUACGUAAGUACCAUGUUUCCUUGUGGUGUGCGCUCUGUUCUGGUUUCUGUUUUUAAAUCAAAUGCCUGUUUGGGAGGAGAUGAACGUAUUUAGUCUAUUAGAUAUGCGCUGCUGGAUUUUUUUAAAGUGUAACCUUGACUAGCUGUCUUAUUGUUUAUCCUGUAAGAUUAGUCUAUCAAUUAAAGUUUGAUAAUUAA